AUGUCGUCAAUGUGGAUGUCCGAUACUCAGAGCGGUUUCUUCCUCAUCGGCGGAGUGAUGCUCUUCUUCGAUCGGGCCAUGCUUGCCAUGGGAAACAUCCUCUUCCUCAUCGGCCUGACCAUCAUCAUCGGACCCCAAAAGACGCUCCUGUUCUUCGCGCGGAAACAAAAGGCAAAGGGCACGGCGGCCUUCUUCGCGGGGCUUGCCCUGAUUCUGCUGCGGUGGCCCCUGAUCGGCUUUUGCGUCGAGCUCUACGGCAUCAUGGUCCUUUUUGGUGACUUCCUUGGCACCAUCGCCGCGUUCGCGCGCAACAUCCCUGUUAUCGGGCCGUACAUUGGAGCUGCGGUCGAUCGGUCUGGGGUCGGACGGCGGAACGCCGAGCUGCCCGUGUAA